AUGGCUCUGGGCCCGGCUCAAAAUAGACCGCGCAAUAGAAAGGUCGCCAACUUCACCAACAGCUAUCAAUACCAGCUUUUUCCAACUUUUACUUGUAUGUGGAGGAUAUCAAGUCGGGGCCACUGCAGAGUGCAGCCCAUUUAUACCGUCUGGAGCCGUCCUCAGCUGUGGAAUCGCUCAGGCCGAACUCAAUCAUUCAUUCAGUAUCCCGUCAAACCGCCCGUCCAAGUUAGCCCUCAGACGAGAUGGGCAUCUUUUUUUCAAGAUGAGAAACCAACAACCAUAUAUGCACUAUCCACUGCCUCUGGUAGAGCUGCUAUAGCUAUUAUUAGAGUUUCAGGGCCAGAUUGCAUUUCAAUAUAUAAAGCUCUCUGCCCUAACCGAAACCUUCCAAAACCUCGUUUUGCAGCUCUUCGUACUCUAUAUGAACCCGGCAAACCAGUAUCGACCAACAAUAUUCUAGACUCAGGCGCACUUGUCUUCCAUUUCCCAGCACCCAACACGGUGACAGGAGAGGAUGUUCUCGAAUUGCACGUCCAUGGAAGCCCAGCGGUGAUUAAAUCUAUCCUUAGUGCGAUUCCAAAAUGUGCAAGCUCUGGAGGUGUUCCGUUGGCGUCUAUUCGUUAUGCCGAACCGGGGGAGUUUACCCGCAGAGCAUUUCUUAACGACCGUCUGGACUUACCUCAGAUUGAAGCUCUAGGCAACACAUUAGCUGCGGAUACAGAACAACAGCGCCGACUUGCCAUUAGAGGUACAAAUGAUACUUUGUCCACGCGGUAUGAGCAGUGGAGAAAGCAGCUUUUGUAUGCUCGGGGAGAGCUGGAAGCUCUAAUAGAUUUUUCCGAAGACCAACAUUUCGACGAAUCUGUGGAGGAUUUUAUAUCCUCUGUUACUGUUCAAGUCCACAAUCUACUGCGUCAGAUAAAUCUACACAUUAAGAAUGCGUCAAAGGGCGAGCUCCUAAGGAAUGGCAUCAAGGUUGCGCUCCUGGGAGCACCAAAUGCUGGGAAAAGCUCAUUACUGAAUCAGAUUGUUGGACGGGAAGCUGCUAUUGUAAGCAGCGAAGAAGGAACUACGAGAGAUAUUGUCGAUGUCGGUGUAGACCUUGGGGGUUGGCUGUGUAAAUUUGGCGAUAUGGCAGGGCUACGGUCCAAGUUAUCGCAAAACCAUCCUACCGGUCAGGGCAAUGUGGUUCCGACGGCAAUCGGCAAGGUUGAAGAAGAAGGGAUUCGUCGUGCCAAAGCUCGGGCCCUUGAAUCUGAUGUGGUGGUCGUUGUUCUCUCGGUUGAAGGACCAAGAGAACAAGGAUUGAGUUUAGAGCCGGAAGUUGUGAGUGCUGUCAAUGGCUGUCUCAAGCUUGACAAAAAGGUCCUAGUGGCAAUCAACAAGACGGAUAUGCUCUGCGUGGAGCCAGGGGACCAUAUCGUGUCCAACUAUAAGGCUCAGGUGUCUGCGAUCUUUAACGGCCUGGACCCAGAUCUGAUACUACCGAUAUCCUGUCAAAGGGCUCAAAACCCCACUGGCCAGGACCCCGGUGGCAUCCAAUCACUACUUGGGGCCCUGAUACGUACGUUUGAAGAGAUAUCUACGCCUGCAGGUCUACACUCGGAUGGAAAUACAACGGGCCAGCAAUAUGAUAAAUCUUAUUGGGAAGAUUCAUUAGGGGUAACGCAUCGACAAAGCUCUAAUCUACAGAUAUGUGCCCAGCACCUGAACGAUUUUCUAUCCCAAGCUCAUGAUAGCUCCAUAACGCCCGAUAAUGCCAUCGAUAAAACUGAAAACAGCACGGUAAUAAAACAAGUGGAGAAAGACAUCGAAAUCGUGACAGCAGCCGAACACCUGCGGUUUGCAGCUGAAUCCCUCGCAAAGAUCACAGGCCGUGGUGAAGGAGGUGAUGUCGAGAGUGUGUUGGGAGUUGUCUUUGAAAAGUAA